UUUUGCUUAUUGUGUUGACUUGGAUUUUUCACUGAUCUGAUGGAGGACAAAUUGAAUGAAACCUAUAUAACUCUUGGUGGGUAUGUAGAGGUGGAAAAAUAUAGAUAUUUGUACUUUCUAACAAUUUUUACACUGUAUAUUUUGAUCAUUUGCUGCAAUUGCACAAUUGUUUACCUUAUUGUAAUUCACCAAAAUCUUCAUGAACCCAUGUACAUUUUCAUUGCAGCUUUGUUGGUGAAUGCUGUUCUUUUUAGCACUGCAAUCUACCCAAAGCUUUUGGUUGACUUUAUGUCUGAGAGACAGAUCAUAUCACAUGCAAUGUGUCACUUUCAAUAUUUCUUAUUUUAUACUUUAGGGGGUGCAGAGUUCUUAUUAUUGGCAGCCAUGGCCUAUGACAGAUAUGUGUCUAUAUUCAAGCCUCUGCAAUAUCCAAAUGUGAUGAGGAAAACUACCAUCUGUGUUCUGUUAUUUUUGGCCUGGCUUUUGCCCGCUUGUCUGGUUGCUGGUUCCGCUAUGCUGACAGCCAAUCACCGACUUUGUAACUUUAAGCUGAAAGGAAUUUUUUGUAACAAUUCAAUUCAUAAACUUCUUUGUGAAAUCUCACGUACACUGUCCUUGUUGGGUGUGAUCAUUUUGCUCAGUGUUGCAUUUUUCCCUUUUCUUUACGUGGUGUUUACCUACACAAGGAUCCUUAUUAUGUCUUAUCAGAGUAGUAAGAAUGUCAGGAGAAAAGCUGCACAGACGUGUUUACCUCACCUGAUAGUUUUAAUAAACUUUUCAUUGUUCUGCGCUUAUGAUGUGGUCGUGGUAAGACUGGAAUCAGAUAUGUCAAAAACAGCCCGCUUAUUAUUCACAUUACAAGUAUUAUUAUACCAUCCUCUCUUUAAUCCAAUUAUCUAUGGCUUAAAAAUGAAAGAAAUCUCCAAACACCUUAAGACGAUUUUUGCUCAUGUAAAGUAA